AAAGAUCUUGGCGCUGCCUAUUCCCACGUGGUGGCGACAGAAGCUUGUUCAGGGCAUGAACUGAUGGCCAGUUCAUUCUUCUUCAGGAUUUUCUGGUAAAGAGGAGAAUUAAUGGUUCAAUCAAUUACUGCAAGUCAUCUAAAUCCUGAAGCACCAAAGCAACUCAAACCACCACUCUACCACCACCAUGUUUGACUCAAUGUGGACAGUAAAGGUGGUCAGCCUGGGAGUGGUGGCCCUCUCCCUCAGUCUGGAGCUGCUCUUUUGGCUCUUCAGUCGUCGCCGAUCUGAACGAAUCACCAAUAAGGUCCUCUUCUUCCCCUCAGAGGUGGCUUGUGUGGAGCACAUCUUCUCUCCCACGUUACCUCACUCCCAUGUCUGCUCAUUGCCUCAUGGUGUAGACACCUCUUUCUCUCGUCUUCUCCGCUACAUCCUGUCUGCUUGCUCUUCUCUGGACUUGUGUCUUUUUUCUUUUUCCAACAUGGAUCUGAGUAGGGCUGUACUACUGCUGCAUAGCAGGGGCGUAACCAUCCGAGUCCUCACUGACAAGGUCUACUCGGCCAUCAGUGGCUCCCAGAUCGGCGUCCUCCGCAAAGCCGGGAUCUGCGUGCGGUGCGAUGUGAGCGCCGUCCACAUGCAUCACAAGUUUGCAGUGGUGGAUGGCCGCACGCUCAUCACCGGCUCCCUCAACUGGACGCUGACAGCAGUGCAGAGCAACAUGGAGAACAUCAUCAUCACCGAGGAGCCCGACCUGGUUCAGCCUUUCGUCAAGGAGUUCUGCAGGCUAUGGGGGCUCAAUGAUUCGGCCCAGUACCUCAGUUCAUUGACUGAUUAGCUAUGAUGAAUACUGAGUGAGGAUUCAAAAAAAAAAGUGGCCUUUUCUUUUUUUUCCAGAGGCUAUGUUUAGGUUUCGAGAGACUUCAUUCAUGUUAAUGUAACAGCAUUACUGUGUGUAGAUAACAGAAGUAUUAAAAGUUAGAUUUUUUUAUGCUUAUGACUCAUAACACUGUUAUGUGAUUUAGCUGGCUAAGUGUGAAGUUAAAGGUUUUGUGGUUUUAGAUGAAAACAAAGCCUUUGAGGUGCUAACUGCUUGACUGGCCUGCUGUUGUUCCACUGCUUUUCACAACCCUGCAACAUUAACGCAUUUAGGUUCUACAAUGUUUUUUCUUUGUGUGUAUUCCUCUGUUUUAGGAUCUGAAUACUUGUUUUUCGUUUGUUAUUCUACUUUAUAUAUUCAGUGUUGUUUUUAUAGGUUUUGUCACAGGUUGACAAAAGUUAUUAAUAAAAUUAGCUUUUUUAGGAUCUUAGAUUAUCAAGCUGACGUCGUUUCUCAUUUAAACAAUAAUAUUAAUAGGUGGUUCAUUCCAUGGAAGUAAAGAGAAAAUCUAUAAUAUAGAUUGUGUUUAAUGUCCUUUGUCAAAUCUACAUACAGUUCUUUGUUUAUAGCGUAAAUAAGAGUUGUUUAUUAUAGUUUGUUAUUGCAGGCAAACGCCAAUAAAACCUGAAUAAAAGUCUUUGUUUGUUGUAAAAAUGA